ACGGGCGCGGGGGGGAUGCGCGGCCCGCGGCCCCGGCUGCCGGCGCUGCCGGCGCUGCUGUGGCUGGCGCUGGCCCCGCUGCCCGGCGCACCCGGCCCCGCGGCCAGGGCUGAGCUGCGGGUGCGGGUGCGGCUGCCCGGAGGGCAGGUGACGGAGGAGAGCCUGCAGGCCGACAGCGGCUCCGACUGCAUCAGCCUGGAGCUGCGCACGGCGGACGGAGCACUCGUCACCCUCACCGCCGACUUCAGACAGGAGGUGAAGAUCUUCCGUGCCUUAAUCCUAGGGGAGCUGGAGAGGGGCCAGAGCCAGUUUCAAGCGCUCUGCUUCAUCACACGGCUUCACCGCAACGAGAUCAUCCCCAGCGAGUCUAUGGCAAAGCUGCGGCAGAAGAAUCCCAGGACAGUGCGGCAGGCUGAGGAGGUGCGUGGCCUGGAGCAUCUCAGCAUGGAUGUAGCUGUCAACUUCAGCAAGGGGGCCCAGCUGAGCUCUCACAUCCACAAUGUCUGUGCCGAGGCCAAAGAAGCGAUUUACACUCGAGAAGAAGAUGUCAAGUUUUGGCUGGAGAAAGGGGUGGAUGGCUCCAUGUUCGAGGUCCUGCCACAGACAUCAGACCUCCCUGACCUGCAGCGCUGCAAGCUGUGUGCAGACCGCUGGAAGCCCUGCAUCUGCAGCUACACGCUGAGCAUCGAGUGGUACCCAUGCAUGCUCAAGUACUGCAAGAGUCGUGAUGCUGGGGGCAAGGUUUCUUCUUACAAGUGUGGCAUCCGCAGCUGCCAGAAGGGCUACACCUUUGAUUACUAUGUGCCACAGAAGCAGCUGUGUCUCUGGGACGAGGAGACCUAGCAGAGCCAGGCCAGAUCUUUCCAAGGGGCAGCUCAUCUGCCCUCCUUAGCCACCAUUUGUGAUGCUAAGGGCCUCCUGGAGCUGGCUGCUCCAAAGAAGGAAUACAGUUCACAGCGGUGCCUUGUACCAGGAGAGCUCUGUGUGUGUGUGUGCCUUUCCUUCUGGCCCUCUGUGAAUCCCUCCCCACCUGAUGCUGCCUCAUCCUGUGACAAGCGGGCUCCGCUCACUGUGUUGAUGCUCUCCUGCCAGCUGCUGGGAGAUGCAGGGUGAAGCACUGCCAGGGGUGUGUAUUGUCCUGCUCUGGAGUUGGCAGAUGUGAAAGGGAGCAGCUGUGAUCAGUUAUCAGCUUCCAGCAUCCUGAUGAGUGGUCAGGGCAGGGAGACAAAUGGUCUUGAUGACCUGGGUUGUCAAACAUCUCUGACACCGAGGAAGCCCCUUCAGCAUCUCCUGGUGACACAGCAGCGUUUCCCAAUGGGAAAACAGCUGAUCCAAGGGACCACAUACCCUGAACAAGGAAGGUACGAAGCCUACCCAAAGCAAGAGCCUGCCUGUAGCUUUUUCUAGUGCCCGACUGGCUGUUAAAUCCUUCCCAUGGCUAGAAGAUGUAAUGGGGGGGAUACAUCCCAGCAAUGACAUUUGGCCCUAAAGGGCUGGUAAUUAGGGCUUUAAUUAAUCCCUUUGUAGACUAGUGAAGGCCCAACUUUUGUGUUGGUCUUGUGACUCUCCCACUGAGGAAGAAACAUCUAGAGGCUGUGGUUGCAAGGGGGGAGGAUGAUCCCAGGUGGGUUCACGGUGUUGUUAUGAAGAAGGCAGCAUUCUAAAUCUACGUCCAGUUUCACGUCCUACUCUGCCAGCUAUUCACAAGGAGCUCUUAGAUAAUUGUACUGCUUUGCUGUGCCUUGGUUUCCCUUAUGUGUAGAAUAGGGGUGACACUGAAGUAACCUUGGCCCUGGUAUAUACCUGGAGGGCAUCAGGUGAAAAGCACUGCAAAAGUGCUGCCUGGUUCCUGUGUCCUUUUCCAUUCCAGUUGGAACAAGCAUGGGGGGGAAGGAGGCUGUUGGGAUCCUUGUGUUCCCCUGUACCUCCAGGUGAAAAGCCUUCACAAUGUGCCUUGUUGCCUAAACCACAGAAAUUUUUGAUGAAAAGAUUUGGUCACGAUUAUUUUUGUAUUGAUCAUUAUGGGGGAGAAGGGAAAAGGUAUUUUAAUAUUGCAACAUGAAGUCAAAUACACUUGAAAUUAAUUUUUUAAAACAAAUUAUUUAUCAUUUGUAAGGUUAAAUAAACUGAUUUUUUUAAAGGA